AUGGUGACGAAAGCAGUGUCGUGCGAGUCCAGCGUUCGACAGGUGACUGAGGCAAGUGUGUCAGGACCAGACCAGGAGAUGAGUAGCAACGUUCUGGUUACAGAAACUCAUACCACACACCAGCAGACCAACACACUGACAGCUGCAGACCUGAACACACCUUCCACAUACCACCAGACUGAAAUACCUGCCACUGUGCCACCAAACACACCCACCACACACCAACAGACUAACACACACACUACCACAGACACAAACACACCUGCCGCACACCAUCAGACUGAAACAACUGCCACUGUGCCACCAAACACACCCACCAUACACCAACAGACUAACAUGCACACUACCACAGACCCAAACACACCCACCAUACACCACACUGACACUCACACAGACUUAAAUGCACCCACCACACACCACUUUAAUACAUACACACCCACCUCACACCAGGAAACUGUAAAACCCACACCUACAGAAGCACACACCACAACACACACAACACCAAAGACAGAAACACACACCACAACACAUACAAUACCAGAGACAGAAACACACACCACAACACACACAAUACCAGAGACAGAAACACACACCACAACACACACAAUACCAGAGACAGAAACACACACCACAACACACACAAUACCAGAGACAGAAACACACACCACAACACACAGACACCAGCUGGCAGAAGCACAAGGCAGCAGAGAACUAGUCACAGCACAGAAUGACACUGGGACAGUCAAAGCUAUGGAAGAGGAAACAGAAUCACAAACCGAGACUCACAGUGACGCAAAAGACAGUGAAAAAGCCACAGAGAAACCCACAGAACCACAGGACCAGAGUGAGAUACAAAUUCAUAUGCCCUUCACAGCACCACAGGAGAAUGAAACGCAGGAAACACACACUGAGGAGACUGAGGCAGACACAGCUCUUCAUAACGAGGCUGUCAAGAAGACACAACCUGAUCCACAGACUCAGACUAUGAUGUACUUGGAGGUUGAUUCAGAGAAGCCAGGACAGGCAGAUACUACCAGGGAAGGAGAUACAGAAACACAGGGAUUACCAGACAGUUCCAAGUGGGAAUUGAAAGCAUCAGAAGACAAAUUAUUACCCUCCAUCAUUACAACUAUAACAGAUGUGGAGAUGGAGACAGAGAAGCCAGUACAGGCAGAUACUCCUACAGACAGCAGGGAGGGAGAUACAGAAACACAGGAGGUACUAGACAGUGACAAAGAGGAAUUGAAAGCACCAGAGGAGGAUGGACCAUCAGGCUCCACCACCACUGAAGACGAACACUUGGACACCACACCGGGAACUUCUAAACAGCCCUCAAGGAAAACUGGAUCGCGAGUCACCAGAAGUCGGGCCGUGCCCAAGAAUAAUGUGGAGGACACAGUACCUAAGGACUUGCAGAACACAAACCAGGAGGAGCAGGAUGUGGAGAAUGUAGAGGAGACUCCCAGUGAUAACCAGGAGGAGACCAGAGUCACUAGGAAGUCCUUGAGAGUGAAGGCAAAGACAUCUCCCAAGUGUCACUCCUCAGUGGACAGCACAAGAGCGUCCCUGAGGAGUAACAGGAAGCGAAAAUCAGACAGUGGAGAAAGCUCAGUGAAAAACACAAAAAGGAGGACGUCAACAAGGUUAUAACAAGACACUUGGCAUAAUGCAAACUGGUACAGCACUGGUUUAGAAACUGUUGCCAUAAUAUUGUGGAUUCUCGCCAGAUCAUUGUGAUAAUGUGUGUGUGUGUGUGUGUGUGUGUGUGUGUGUGUGUGUGUGUGUGUGUGUGUGUGUGUGUGUGUGGGGGGGGGGGGGGUCUUGGUGUUUUGGUGAGGGAGUGACAGACUUGACUGGUUAUUUGGGAGUGGCGUAUCAAAACAGUAAACUGAAGGUGUGUUUUGUUUAACACACGAGGGAACACUAUGGUGUCUGAUGCGUGUCUGAAGAGGAGUGGAGCUUGGCAUCCAUGACCUUGAAAACAUUAACAGGAAGUACAAGUGUGACUGCUUGUGGUAACUGAUGCUUCCACUGGUGAUGGGAAAGACAGGAUGGAGAGAAGUCUCUUCACUAAAACCUCACAUUUAUGCAAUGGAAGUAUUUUGUGUGUCUUGAAUGAUGCAACGGAGGGCCUGAAAGAGGGACGGGUCUUGUUGUGGGGGAGGUGCUUAACUGGAGACAGUUGCCCAUAAGCAGAUGCCCCUUUCCUUACCCAAAAGUACCUGGCAUGCGGCACAGGAGAUAAGGAGAAGUGCCCAACAGAUGUGACACAGGGAUGCCUCUCUGUGGAUGACAGUAGAGCAGAGGCAAGAGAGGCACCAGCUGGGAUGCCUGCAGUGCCACAACAAGCUCAGGUGUUUGGCAGUCUUCAGUACACUGUAAAUACUCAGCUCAAAUGUGGGCAAUACAUGGGGGAAGUCUGUGAGGGUCAGUCUGAAUAUAAAGGAAAGCAACAAUAACCAUUCUGAAAUCCAGGCAAAAGUAACAGGAUUGGUUUGAGAUGAGGAAGAAAGCAGUGAGGGUUGAUCUGAAAUGCACACAAAAGCAGUCUGAAAUGUGGACAAAAAAAAGCAAAUAUCAGUCUGAAAUGAAAGAGAAGCAACAAACUUUCUGGAAUGUGGACAGAAACAAGAAGGAUCAGCCUAAGUGUGGUCAGAAAAUGCUAGUGGAGGCAUGUCUUCAGGAAGCUGCAGGAGGAAGGAAGCAGUGUUGCUGCGGUGAACGGGAAGCUCUCUACGCCAGGGAGCCGGAAUGUUGGUGUGACAACCUCAGGGCAUAGUUGUAUUUUAUUAAGCAUUUGAUCAUUGCCUAUCUCUGGUGUGUCUUUAUGAAUUGUCUUUUUUUUUUUACUCUAUUUUCCUUUCCUGGUAGAGUAAUAGCAGUAUACAAGUUUGCUGUGUAAGAUAUGUGCAGUAUUGAGGCCAUUGCCAAGGUGCCAUCACGUGCUAUAUUGCCACUACCUGGCGUACUUAUCAGUAUACCACUAGACAUACCAUAUUUUGGCAUAUCAUACUUCAUUACGUACACUGCCUUUUUGAUAUUUUCUUCCCAGUGUUUCUGUGCCAUCAAUAACUUUUUAGUUUGGAGUUUUCAGCGCGUCUGGGUUGGCCGCUCCACCACCACUCGUCCAGCCACCCUCCACCUGAGGAAGUUAAUCUACACAUGACAGGUGGAGGAAGAGCUGGGCAGGUGAGGGUGACAGUGAGGCCAGGAUGGGUACAGGACAGGUGGUGUCUGGCGCAGUGUGUUCCGCUGUCUCUCUCACUCUCUCUGUUUGGGUAUGGUUCACACAGUACACAUGCACACAUGCUACACACUCACACACACACACACACACACACACACACAUACACACUAUUUUUGGUCAUGUUUGGGUGUUUUAUAUAUAUUUAUUUAUUUAUUUUUGUCCAUUUAUUCAUCUUUAUGUAUGUGUUUGCAAGGGAUUGCAGUGUUUUUUUGAUUGUUAAUUUAUUUGCACUGCUAUUAUUUCCUGGGACUUUAAUUUGUUAUCUUUUUUUUGUCUGUUAUGAAAAGAGACUGAUUAUUAUCAUUCUUUAUUAUGAUUAUUAUUAUGAUUAUUAUUAUUAUUAUUAUUAUUAUUAUUAUUAUUAUUAUUAUUAUUAUUAUUAUUAUCAUCAUUGUUGUUGUUGUCACUGGUUAUUACUGUGAAUGGGAUAGCCAGAGCCAAAAAGUGAGAGAUUAUUUUUUUUUCUCAAUAUUUACACUCAAGAAAACAAUAUUGGCCAUUACAUUGUAACCACUCAAAAUUGCUUAGCUUUUAGUUCAUUGUAACCCACAUAGCCAUUUCUUUCUGCACUGCUUUUAGAUUUAUGCAGGAUAUCCUUUAUUUUUUCUCCUAAACUUGUUAUUCUUCUACUCAGUUAUCCCAGUGAGCAGUAUUGAGGAGUGUGAAUGGUAAACCCCUUAAGGAACCCCACCUUCAUCUCCCUCAUUCCCUUCCUAGCCUGUCCCUUGCACCUCCCCUCUCCCCAGUGAUUAGUGCAUUAGCCAGGCCUGGUGGUGUGGUGAUGGGGCACAGCACAACUCUACUUCAGGCUAACAGUGACAGCGGGACUAGGGAGCAGUGCAGUGUGGUGUGGCUAGGCUUGGCGGUGUGGCUGAGGGGCCCAGGGACGCAUCUUCUCUGCCCUCGCGCGAAUCUGACUUCCCAACGGCCACUGCACCUUCCCAGACCCCUGCCUCCCUUCCAUCCUGGCCCACAGGACGCUCCUGGCCAAGGGUGGCCCAUCGAGUAUUUGUUUGGAGAUGUCGUCAAGGGGUAAAGAUAGAAAGCGGGGUCAGUGGUGGUGGUCAUUAUGUUCGCCUGUGUCCUUCAUUGUCACUUCUGCUGUAAGUACAGUCAUGGCACAAAUGCUCACACUUGUGCAUGAUUGGCUGUGAUUUUGUACAUAUAUAUAUGUAAGUUUACAUAACCUGUUACAGUUCAAAUACAAAUAAAUUUACAUGAAGGAA